AAUUCAAUGUACUUGGAGUUGAGGCGAAGCGUACGCUUCCAUUUUCUUGAGGCUUUUAUUCCGAGCAUAGAGCACGUGUUUGUCACUGCCGGUUGCUCUUCACGGCGUUUUUACGACACAGCACUCUCUUUGUUUCGCACGCACAUUUUCGUUUUGUCGUUUCGGUCGAACGUUAUCUCUGACGUUACUCCAUAGGAAUUGAAUAAGGGUGCUAGGUUUCAUUGCGCUUUGAUUCUCCGCGGCAGCAGAGGUUAACACUAUGAAUCCCGAAAAACUGAAGAAAUUGCAGGCCCAAGUACGAAUCGGCGGCAAGGGUACACCUCGACGCAAGAAGAAGGUUGUACAUGCAACUGCUGCCACAGAUGAUAAGAAACUACAAAGCUGCCUGAAAAAGCUGUCUGUAAAUACGAUUCCUGGCAUAGAAGAAGUUAAUAUGAUCAAGGAUGAUGGCACAGUCAUUCAUUUUAAUAACCCAAAAGCCCAAGCCAGUUUAUCUGCUAAUACAUUUGCUAUUACUGGUCAUGGUGAAAACAAACAGAUCACUGAGAUGUUGCCUGGAAUACUAAGUCAACUUGGUCCUGAAGGUCUCACACAACUUAAACGAUUAGCUAGUACAGUCGCUGGUAGUGCAGUUGGUAAAGCCACAUUGGAGGAGGAUGAUGAGGUACCAGAUUUGGUAGAAAACUUUGAUGAAGCUAGCAAAGAAGAGGUUGCUCCAAAAAAAGAAUUAAACGAGAACGACAAAGGAGCAGGUGAUAAAAAUGAUACUAUUGUCAUUGAAGAAAAGAAAGAAGCACCGUUAGCUACGCCCGAAGCUUAAGGAGAGAAUAUUGAAGUAACUGAU